CUUGUUUUAGUAUCCGCUGGUCCAGCUGUCAUCUGUCAAAAGGUAAAAGCUUGACAUUUAAUCGGCCUCUGGAUACAUGACGCUCCGUAUGAUUACCUUCACUAUGCUUUGUCCGAGUUGAUGGCCCUAACUGCGUCGCCAGGGAAACACAGAUAGUUAGUUAAUUUAGUGAAUAAAGGAGGCUAACUGUUAGCUUCGGAGGCUAACUCUGUCAACAAGUUGAACAUGGACUGCUCAGCUCUGGAGCUCGAUGCUUUCACAUUUGCCAAAACAGCUGUCACCUACGACCAGAAUGGCAAAUAUAACGAGGCUGUGUUUUAUUAUAAGGAGGCAGCCCAGGCCCUGAUAUAUGCUGGCAUGGCAGGGUCCAAACUGGAAGGAAUCCAGGAUAAAGUGAAUGAAUACCUGGAUCGGGUCCAAGCCCUACACAAUGCCUUCCAGGCACAGAAGAUCGACCCACUAAAGUCCCGGCAGCAGGUGGACCUGGAGCGUGCCCACUUCCUGGUCACUCAGGCCUUCGAGGAGGAUGAGAAGGGGAAUGGUGAUGAAGCCAUUGAACUGUACACUCAGGCUGUGGAGCUGUGCAUUAAAACAUCCAAUGAUACGUCGGACCAGGCGCUGCAGACCAAGCUGAAGCAGCUUGCACGUCAGGCUUUGGAGAGGGCGGAGGGUCUUAAAGAAUCCCAGUCCAAAUCAACUCCAGCCCAGACUCACGUUGGGACUGGGAGUAAGCCUACCAGCAGUGGCACUUCUACCGGACCGGUCCGCCAGUUUUUCCCCCUCGGACCAGACUUCUCUAUCCACGAUCGACCGCAGCCCCAGCCGGUCCGGGCGGUCCAGUCCAGCGAGCCGCACGGUCAGCGCUACACGUCUGAUGAGAUCGAGGUGCUCAGGAGUACGUCUACGAUCAACAGCAUAGCUUACGUACCAUUCAUGAGCGUGGACCUGAAGGAGCGCUUUGCCUUUCCUGUCCCUUUCUCGGACAAAACAGGGAAACUGGCACUGUCACCCAAACAGAAAGCCAUCUUCUCCCGCUGGGUCCGGCCAGAUGAGAUCUGCAAUAACCCGACUAUGAUCAUGUCUGUGUCGAGCUUCAGCAUCAAACAGACGGUGGUGUCUGACUGCUCCUUCGUGGCGUCGCUCGCCAUCAGCGCGGCCUACGAGAGGCGCUACAACAAGAAACUUAUCACCAGCAUCAUUUACCCUCAGAACAGACGAGGGGAGCCAGAGUAUAACCCCUGUGGGAAAUACAUGGUCAAGCUUCACAUCAACGGAGUCCCGAGAAAGGUGAUUAUAGACGACUACCUUCCAGUGGAUCGUAAUGGAGAGCUGCUGUGCUCCUACUCCAGCAACAGGAACGAGCUCUGGGUCUCCCUCAUAGAGAAGGCCUACAUGAAAGUGAUGGGAGGCUACGACUUCCCCGGCUCCAACUCGAACAUUGAUUUGCACGCGCUCACCGGCUGGAUCCCUGAACGCAUCGCUAUGCACUCCGACAAUCAGUCAUUCAGCAAGGACGACACCUUCCGCAUGCUCUUCCAGAGGUUUCACAGGGGCGACGUCCUCAUCACCACGGCAACUGGAGUGAUGACAGAGGCUGAAGGAGAGAAAUGGGGUUUAGUGCCAACACACGCCUAUGCUGUUCUUGACAUCAGGGAAUACAAGGGAAAGCGUUUCCUGCAGCUGAAGAACCCGUGGAGUCAUUUACGGUGGAAAGGACGCUACUGUGAGCGAGACGAGAAGAACUGGACGCCCGAUCUCCUCAAAUACCUCAACUUUGACCCCAAGACAGCACAGAAGUUUGAUAACGGUGUUUUCUGGAUUGUGUGGGAGGAUCUGUGUCAGUACUACGAUGUCAUUUACCUGAGCUGGAACCCCGCCCUGUUCAAAGACUCUACUUGUAUUCACAGUAGCUGGGACGGGAAGCAGGGUCCGGUGAAGGACGUGUACAGUCUGGCCAACAACCCUCAGUACAAGCUGGAGGUCCAGUGUCCAACAGGGGGCGCUGCUGUGUGGGUGCUGCUCACCAGACACAUCACUGACAAGGAGGACUUUGCACAAAACAGAGAGUUCAUCACUCUGGUUGUUUACAAGACAGACGGGAAGAAGGUUUAUUAUCCAGCGGACCCCCCUCCUUACAUCGACGGCAUCCGCAUCAACAGCCCCCACUACCUGACGAAGAUGAGGCUGACCAGUGCAGGGACUCACACUUUCACGCUGGUGGUUUCUCAGUAUGAGAAGCAGAACACCAUCAACUACACACUGCGGGUUUACUCCGGAUGCAAAUUCACCUUCUCCAAGAUCCCAAAUCCCUUCACUCACACCAAAAGGAUCAAUGGUCAGUGGAAGGGGAUCAGUGCCGGCGGUUGUGGGAACUAUAAGGACUCGUAUAAACACAACCCGAUCUAUCAGUUGAACCUGGAGCGUUCGGGACCGCUGCUCAUCGAGCUGAGAGGAUCCAGGCAGUACAGUGUCGGUUUUGAGAUGGUGACGGUGUCACAUGUCGGGGAUCCGGGCCCGGCUGCCUUCAACAAGAAGAGCAGUGGAGAUUACAGAUGUGGUUUCUGCUACAUGGAGGCUGAACACAUCCCUGCAGGCAUCUACAACAUCAUCCCCUCCACCUUCUUACCCAAACAGGAAGGACCCUUCUUCUUGGACGUUUCCGGCACCAUCCCCCUCAAGAUCUCUCAGCUGCAGUGAAGAUGGAGCUGGAAAGAGGGGCGGAGCAUGGAUUAGGAGAAAAUAAGAGAUUAAAUGGUUGUUUCUGAUACUGUACUUUGGAUGAGAUGAGGAGUUAAAACCCAAAGAUCCCAGAAUGUGACUGGUACGAUCCUCCCCCCCCCCCCGUCUCGUCUCUCUAAAAACCUCCACAGAGGUAAACGGACAUGUUGUCGGCUUCAACAGUGACUCGAGGAUAUUACAGAGUUUUAGUAAAGGGAUAAAUUAUUAACAAGAAGAAGCCUCAGUGGAAAAAAAUCAACAUGUUUGGAGACAAAACAAAACAAAAAUUCACCAAAGUUUCAGCAGACAGAGGAGAAACGAGCAGAAACUGAGAGCUUCUGCACGAUAUGUCUAUUUAUCUCUAUUGAACUCGGCUCACAAACCAACAGGUGGAUUAUUUAAAAAUAAACAUGGCAGUUUUGGUCUGUUGGAUCUUCACCGUAAUCCUCCAAACCACAUCCUGGACUCUACUGGUCGUGGAGGAGCAACAGGGUUGAAAAUAAACACCAGCUGCUAACAUCAAGAUCAA